UUGGCGUCUUGUGUAGAAUUAGACAUUCUUGUUGCAUUUUUUGUAAAAAUAUUAAAUAAACUGAAAUAAUCUCUAGUUUUAACUAAUAAUCUUGUAUUAACUUUUUUUUUAAAUUAAUUUGAGAGUAUGACAUGCCGUUUAAAUCUAAGAGUUUCUGUUAUUUUCAAAAGUGUUGAUAAUGUAGAAGUUCUAAUUAUUUUCUAAGUCUACUUUAUUAACAAACCGCGAACAUAUGAUUUUAUUUUGAAUUAUUUUCAAGUUUCAUGAAUUAAAAUUUGUAUUUAAACCAUGGGUGAGGUUAAUGUGUGUAGAAUAUGCCUUGUGGAAGAUGUUAAGAUGCAUAACCUGUAUACUUAUCCAUUGGAAAUUUGUUAUAAACUUUUAGUUGGAGAUAAUGCACUUACGUCUUUAUAUCUGCCAGUUACUGCUUGCUACCAAUGUGCAGCUCAGCUGAGAAGGCUGUAUUCCUUCAAAGAGAAGUGUUUGAGAGCUCAGACGGCUUUGACUGAUUUACUGCAAACUUGUGGAGGGAUAACAAGAGACACAAUAAAACAAAUUGACAGAGAAAACUUAUACUUAAUCGACUACUUAACCAUACAUAGAGUACCAAACAUAAAUAUAACCUCAGGUAUAGUCGAUGUGAAAGAAGAGCCUGUAGAAGUUUCAGAAAAUUAUUUUGAUGACAAAGAAAGUAUUAAACUUGAAGAUGGUUUUGAUGAGUUGACACCGUUAUCAACCGAUGAAGAUGAACCCCUAUCUGUUCAUAAAGAGAAGAAAGAAGAGAAUGGGAGAAAGAGAAAAAAAAGUAGAAAGAGAAAAGAGAUUGACUCAGAGACAAAUGAUAGUCCUCAGCGAUUCAAAUUUGAUGUGGAAGUUGAAAUUGCAGAACCAAGCACAAUACUGCAAGAUAUCCCAGAAGUUACAGUCAAACGUAAGCGUGGCCGGCCUAGGAAGAAUGAAGUGGCAGUGAAGAAUUUGGGGAAGUCGCGAAGAACUAAGAACACUGGUGGAGUUCUCACAGACGAUAUUGAUCUGGAGAACUAUUGUACUGUUAUCAAGUUAUCAGAAGAAGAGCAAAAGGAGGAGAUCAGCAAGCGGCAGCAUUCGUCUAAUUACCUCAACGCGCUGUACCAGUGCACUCUGUGCUACAAGGGCUUCAUAGACGCCGACGCGUGGAAGCACCACAUUAGCAAACACGACCCGAGUGCGGGUGACAUCGAGUGCCCUAUCUGCAAAUUCCGAUUCAAGACGAGGCGGACGCUACAGAAGCACUCCGCUAACCACGAGAAGAAAUACGCCUGCAAGUCUUGCCAAUACGUUUCUAGGACUACAACGCAGGCAAAGCAACAUCAACGCUGGCACAAAGGUGUGACAUACAAAUGUCAGUACUGUGACGAGAUUUUGACAAAAUGGACGUCAUACCUGAGCCACGUGCGCAUCAAGCACCCGUCGGAGUUCAUUUGCGGCGUGUGCGGGUACUCCUUCGUCAGCAACCUGGGCCUCAACAUGCACAAGACUAUGAUGCACAAGGACGUAGUUGAUAAAGAAGAACUUGAGGGGGAGAAGGACGACACGCCAUAUUGCGAGCAGUGUGACGUCAGAUUCAUAUCGAUUGCCGCGUUCAAACGACAUAUGGUCACCUCCGUCAGACACACGCAGAGCACGGACUUUAACAAUGGGUGUCGAAUGUGUGGGGAAUCGUUCCCGGACGCUGAAUCGUUAAGGGUGCACCACAGGCGAGCUCACGCCAAAAAGAGGCCCAAGAACUACGGCAAGAAGCCCAACUCGCUAACCUGGCCUACCAACUGCGAACAUUGUUCUGAAGAGAUACCCAACGCGCGGGAGUACUGGUCGCACUUCCGGCGAGCGCACCCCGAUAAGAACUACCCCAUACAGAAGAACUACAUCUGUGACAUCUGCGGCAAGAGCUUCCGGGGUAACGCCUUCCUAGUGUACCACAAACGAACACACUUUGAAGAGCGCGCGUUCAAAUGCCAGCAGUGUCCCAAAGCGUUCUUCAACCGCACCAACCUGCAAAUGCACGAGAAGACUCACUCCGACCAUAGACCGCAUGCUUGCACUGUUUGUGCCAAGGCCUUCAAGUGCAAAGGCGCUCUGGACAGGCAUUUCAGGAGUCACACAGGUGUAAAACCCUAUGAAUGCGAAGUAUGUGGGAAGGCAUUUGCUCAGUCCAAUAGCAGGAAGCUACACGUGGCGACGGUGCACCUCAAGCUGCCUUCACCUUACAUCAGCCGCUCCAGACUCGAGCGAAGAAACAAGACUCAGGCGCACAAGGACCAGCACAGCAUCCCUCAGUUCCUAUACUAAUGACAUUAUUGGAUAGAAGCAGGUGUUACUAUGCAGAAGUACAUGACAUACAAGGAAUAACAAGCUUAGUGCACUAUAAUCCUCCAAAACAGCCGACUAGGUAUAUGGUACUCAAACAGCCGUCGCCAUACACCAGCCGCUCCAGACUUGAGCGAAGAAACAAGACUCAGGCGCACAAGGACCAGCACAGCAUCCCUCAGUUCCUAUACUAAUGACAUUAUUGGAUAGAAGCAGGUGUUACUAUGCAGAAGUACAUGACAUACAAGGAAUAACAAGCUUAGUGCACUAUAAUCCUCCAAAACAGCCGACUAGGUAUAUGGUACUCAAACAGCCGUCGCCAUACACCAGCCGCUCCAGACUCGAGCGAAGAAACAAGACGCAGGCGCACAAAGACCAGCACAGCAUCCCUCAGUUCCUAUACUAGUGACAUUAUUGGAUAGAAGUAGGUGUUACUAUGCAGAAGUACAUGACAUACAAGGAAUAACAAGCUUAGUGCACUAUAAUCCGCCAAAACAGCCAACUAGGUAUAUGGUACUCAAACAGCCUUCGCUGAACAUCAGCCACUCCAGACUCGAGCGAAGAAACAAGACGCAGGCGCACAAGGACCAGCACAGCAUCCCUCAGUUCCUAUACUAAUGACAUUAUUGGAUAGAAGCAGGUGUUACUAUGCAGAAGUACAUGACAUACAAGGAAUAACAAGCUUAGUGCACUAUAAUCCUCCAAAACAGCCGACUAGGUAUACGGUACUCAAACAGCCGUCGCCAUACACCAGCCGCUCCAGACUCGAGCGAAGAAACAAGACGCAGGCGCACAAAGACCAGCACAGCAUCCCUCAGUUCCUGUAGUAGUGAAUAGAAGCAGGUGUUACUUUGCGGAAGCACAUAGACCGACUUAGUAGAGCGUUGUCUCUGUCACUCAUUCCUAUGCGACGUUUUGUCGGUCUCAACGACAGCGACAACGCUCUACGAUACCACUAUCUCUUUUUAAAGGUCGUUAUAUAUUUCCAGUGAUUUUGUAACUUGCGACAACUGUCACCCUCCGAUACCGCUCUACUACUGCAGGAACCUCCUCAGUAAUGCGUUAUACUUAUAGUUAGGAAUAUGAUCGAUGAAAAUUCGGUAUAUGAUGUACCGUAUACUGUAUUUAAACUAAAAAAAUACUGAAAACAACGAUUCAUAAAGUAUGUUGUAAGCCAAUAGAAAAAGUGCACGGCUCGCACUUGACCGGUUUUUUGAAUCAUUACACUAAGGUUGAGAUCUAUAGAUCGCACUUAGACUUGCUCAGGCAUAAGACACUGAUAAAACGAGACAGCGUUAUAUCGCCGGCAUAAAUCUAUUUCGUUUUAACAGAAACUUAAGACUAGGCAAAGUCAAUAGAUCUAAGCCUAAAUGCUUAGGGACCACUAUAAGUGACACAUUGGUAGAAAUAAAUGAUAGUCUAGAAGCAAGAGUUUAGUGAUCAAUCACCGUUUAUCACUCAAGUGUCUACUCCAGACUUAAUAGAUGAUAGCAGUAUUAUUUUAUUUUGAAAACAUGCAAUGUUUAGAUUUUAGACAAAGUAUUUAGGUAUGCGAGUUUUUUUGCCAUAUAAUUAUAUUAUUAUUCUUAGCUAGUUUUAAUUCAUGUAAAUAGGUAGGUACGAGUACGUUCUGAUGUAAUGCGCUUUAUAAUUAUUAUUAGGGUAUGUAUUUAUAUAUUAUAAAGAAUUGAAUAAA